ACUUUCUUUUUUGUUUUGUUUUUAAAGAAUAUUUUACCUUUUAUUGGUGUUUAGAGGAAGAGAGGGAGGAUUUUCUUGUGGGGUGUUUUUUAAUUGGCUAAUUGAUGAAGAAUUUGAGCUAAAAAUUGAAUUUUGAGUAGUGGGUAUUUGUUGAUUGUUAGAGAAUUUGAGGUCAAAAUUGAUUUUGGAGAAGUGGGUAUUUGUUGAUUUUUAGAGAGUUUGAGGUCAAAAUUGAUUUUUGAGAAGUGGGGUUUUGUUAUAUAUUGGUUGAUUGUUAGAUAAUUGAUAGGGAAUUUGAGGUCAAAAUUGGUUUUUGAGUAGUGGGUUUUUGUUAUAUGUAGCUGUAGUGGGUAUUUGUUGAUUGUUAGAGAAUUUGAGGUCAAAAUUGAUUUUUGUGAAGUGGGUUUCUUUUAUGGAUAUGUGGGUAUUAGUUGAUUGUUAGAUAAUUCAUUGAGAAUCUGAGGUUAAAAUUGCUUUUUGGGAAGUGGAUUUGUGUUAUAUCUAGGUGGGUAUUGGUGGAUUGUUAGCUAAUUGAUAGAGAAUUUGAGCUAAAAAAUGGUUUCUGAGAUGAGUUUUUGUUAUAUUUAGGUGGGUAUUGUUGCUUCUUAGAUAAUUGAUGUUAUAUUUGAUAGAGAAUUUGAGUUAAAGAUUGGUUUUUGAGAAGUGGAUUUGUGUUACAUCUAGUUGAGCAUUAGUUGAUUGUUAGAUAAUUGAUUGAGAAUUUGAGGUCAAAAUUGAUAUUUGAGAAGUAUUUUUUUUUUUGGUUAUAUCUAGGCGGGGGGGUAUUGGUCGAUUGUUAGAUAAUUGAUAUAUGAUAGAGAAUUUGAGCUAAAGAUUGGUUUUUGAGAUGUGGAUUUGUGUUAUAUCUAGGUGGGCAUUAGUUGAUUGUUAGAUAAUUGAUUGAGAAUUUGAGGUCAAAAUUGAUAUUUGAGAAGUGUUUUUUUUGGUUAUAUUUAGGCGGGUAUUGGUCGAUUGUUAGAUAAUUUAUGGAGAUUUGAGCUAAAAAUUGGUUAUUGGGAAGUGGGUUUUAUUAUAUAAAGGUUACGCAAAUCGUAGUGUCUGUCAACUUCAAAUUGGCUGAUCGGUGGACAUGAUCUAUGUUCAAUGAUGAUGAACCGUUGGCCUUCAAGAAAAUGCAUGAAUUUUCCACAGCGGACGGCUUUGUAGAGAUAACUGAAUCCUUGGCAGACAUGAUAAAGUUCAUUGCAAAUGAGCCCUCUGUGGGGCUUUUCUACAUUCAACAGCAUUCCCAGAAUGCAGCGCCCAACCUUGUAAAUCUCAAGAACAACAUUGAGGAGAAAUCCCGUGAAAUGGCUCUCCACACGGAAGAUUCAGAGGAUUCAAUCACUGUGAUCAGGUCGAUGAAAGAGUGUGGCCUUCCAAUUGCUAAUGAGAUGAUUAAAGAUCUCAGACAUACUCUAGCUGUUAUUUCAAAGAAACAACCAAAAAAAGGAUUAAUUAGUGGACCUAGUACAAGUUUCCCAGUUGGUAUAACUACCUCUUGGAGUCCUUCUACCUGGGCUCGCAGUACAGGUUCAGAAGAGGGCGAUGUGAGGACAGCAGGCUAUCUUUCGAAUGUUUUAAAAUCUGCAAAAGAAAAGGCUAGCAACUUCAAGUGGCCUCAGUUAGAAACUGGAGAAUCUCAACCAGUCAAGAGUGAACCAUCUUUAUCGGACAAGGAUGAGCCAUCUAUGACCUGUACUAAUGAUGUGCUAUUAGCUGCAGCUGCAAGCUCUUCUUCCUCGCUUGGUCGGUCCAAUAGUGAAGACUUAACAUCAUCAAGUCGAAUUGUGGAUGAGCUACAACAAGAACAGGUAAACAAAAGCAUGUCCCAUGAUCAACUGCUGUCUUUAGCCGAAAACUUUGAUGAAUUUAAAGCAGAUAAAGAAGCGAAACUAGAAGAGUGGUUGGGAGGGACAUUGACAUUGUAAUGCCGAUCCAGAGAAUGAGAAACGCUGAAGUCCUUUAGCUUGAUUGAACUUUGAACCUCGGCGAUGAUUUUCUUAUGAAGGACUCUCCUCCUGUAUCAUGAUUCAUAUAUAUCAUUAUACUAGAUGAAAAAUGUUAGAAGUGAGAGUUCAUUGUAGUCAGGAAAUGUAAGGUCAUGUAGAAGUGGAUUAUUGCUCGACUUGGAGCAACAGUAAAGUUGUUUCCGUGUGAACUAUAGGUCACGGAUUCAAUGCUCAAGGUAGGCUUCUUAUAUCACUCUUUAGGGGUUUGGUCCUCUGCACCCUGCAUGAAUAUGGAAUGCUCAUUGCACCGGGCUGCGCUUUUUCCCUUGGGCCCUAGUUGUGUUUGUACAUUGAGGAAUGUAUUCUCUGUAAACUUCUUUAGCUGAUCCCUAUGUUGUGUUCUGAA